GUCCUCGAGGCGUCGGAGUUCUGUGGUGUUGGGAGUCUUGUUGCGUGUGGGCCUGUGUGCGCGUGCGCCGACAUGGCCUCAAACGACUAUACCCAACAAGCAACCCAAAGCUAUGGGGCGUACCCCACCCAGCCUGGGCAGGGUUAUUCCCAGCAGAGCAGUCAGCCCUAUGGACAGCAGAGUUAUGGUGGCUACAGCCAGUCAGGGGACACUUCAGGCUAUGGCCAGAGCACCUAUGGUUCUUAUGGACAGACCCAGAACACAGGCUAUGGUGCUCAGUCAGCUCCCCAGGGAUAUGGCUCAACUGGUGGCUAUGGUGGUGGCCAGAGUUCUCAGUCAUCUUAUGGGCAGCAGUCCUACCCUGGCUAUGGCCAGCAGCCAGCUCCUAGCAGCACCUCUGGAAGUUACGGUAGCAGUUCUCAGAGCAGCAACUAUGGGCAGCCCCCGAGUGGGGGCUAUGGUCAGCAGUCUGGCUAUGGUGGACAGCAGCCUAGCUAUGGACAGCAGCAAAGCUCCUAUAAUCCUCCUCAGGGCUAUGGACAACAGAACCAGUACAACAGUAGCAGUGGAGGUGGCGGAGGGGGUGGUGGAGGUAAUUAUGGCCAAGAUCAGUCCUCCAUGAGUGGCGGCAGUGGCGGUUAUGGCAAUCAGGACCAAAGUGGUGGUGGCGGUGGCUACGGGGGAGGCCAGCAGGACCGUGGGGGACGAGGCCGGGGCGGUGGUGGUGGUUACAACCGCAGCAGUGGUGGCUAUGAACCCAGAGGUCGUGGAGGCGGCCGUGGAGGCAGAGGCGGCAUGGGCGGAAGUGACCGUGGUGGCUUCAAUAAAUUUGGUGGCCCUCGGGACCAAGGAUCACGUCAUGACUCUGAACAGGAUAAUUCAGACAACAACACCAUCUUCGUGCAAGGCCUAGGCGAGAAUGUUACAAUCGAGUCUGUGGCUGAUUACUUCAAGCAGAUUGGUAUUAUUAAGACAAAUAAGAAAACUGGACAGCCCAUGAUAAAUCUAUACACAGACAGGGAAACGGGCAAGCUGAAGGGAGAGGCAACGGUAUCAUUUGAUGACCCACCUUCUGCUAAAGCAGCUAUUGACUGGUUUGAUGGUAAAGAAUUUUCUGGGAAUCCUAUCAAGGUCUCAUUUGCUACUCGGCGAGCAGAUUUCAACCGGGGUGGUGGCAAUGGUCGUGGAGGCCGAGGGCGAGGAGGACCCAUGGGCCGUGGAGGAUAUGGAGGUGGUGGCAGUGGUGGCGGUGGCCGGGGAGGAUUCCCCAGUGGAGGUGGCGGUGGCGGAGGACAGCAGCGAGCUGGGGACUGGAAGUGUCCUAAUCCUACAUGUGAGAACAUGAACUUCUCUUGGAGAAAUGAAUGCAACCAGUGUAAGGCCCCUAAACCAGAUGGCCCAGGAGGGGGACCAGGAGGCUCUCAUAUGGGGGGUAGCUAUGGAGAUGAUCGUCGUGGUGGCAGAGGAGGCUAUGAUCGGGGCGGCUACCGAGGCCGAGGCGGGGACCGUGGGGGCUUCCGAGGGGGCCGGGGUGGUGGGGACAGAGGUGGCUUUGGCCCUGGCAAGAUGGACUCCAGGGGUGACCACAGACAGGAUCGCAGGGAGAGGCCAUAUUAGCCUGCCUCCUAAAGUUCUGGAACGGCUUUUCUUCUGUACCCAGUGUGACCCUCAUUGUUUUGUAACCUUCCAACUCUUGACCACCCACGGGUUUUUUGUGUCGGACUAUGUAAUUGUAACCAUAUCUCUGGUUCCCAUUAAAAACCAUUGUUUUAGUUAAAA